AUCAACGACACAAAUAUUGACCUUGUAGAAAAUUAAAGCUCUCCGUUAAAUAUGCGUAGAUGUCUGGAACCACAGAAGCUUGAUGUUUUAUCAGCUGGUGAUAAAGAUCCAGAAGUUUACGAGGAAAGAUUCAAUACCAUAGUUUAUAAUGGAGUUGUCGCUCUUGGUAUAGGACUUGGACACAAAGUUGGUCUUUUUAAAACGCUUCUUGAGUUGUCAGAACCAGAGACAUCGCAAUCAAUAGCAGACAAUGCAGGAUUACAGGAGAGAUAUGUUAGAGAAUGGUUGUUUUCAAUGGUUGCAGCUAAGGUAGUCUUUAUAACAGACGACAACAAAUACUACAUUCCAGCUGGCUGUAAGACGAAAACUUCUAAAAGCUUGUUUGCAACAUGGAUACCUGCCGCUGCUCCACUCACCAAGGAUGUGGAGAAAUGUUUCAGGUCAAAAGAUCCAUCAUCAGCUGGGUAUGACUUCUCAAAACUGGGUGAAGUAUUCCAGUUUAUGAAUCAGGACAGAGCGAACUGUGAUGGAAAAUGGAUAGAAGAAAAUCUGGUUCCUUCUAAAUACAAAAAUAAAGACGAAAUCAGGACAAUACUGGACAUCGGUUGUGGGGUUGGUAGAAUAACUGUAAACAUGGCUAAGUAUUUUCCUGAUGCUAAACUUAUUGGAAUAGAUAUAGAUCAGUAUGCAAUAGAAACUGCGCUAAAACUGAAGGACGAGGAAAAACUAACAAACGUUGAAUUCUAUCUUAUGGGUGCGGAAGAUUUAAAAAGAGAAUGGACAGGAAUGUUUGAUUGGGUGACAAUGCUUAACGUUCUGAACGAUCUACCAAAUCCAGAUCCAUGUCUUAAACAAGCUUUACGUGUAAUGAAAGAUGAUGGCGUAAUGACUAUUCUGGAUCCACUGUGUCAUUCGGAUCCGAAACUAAACGUUGGAAGUAAACUGCAUGCAUCUACGCUUACAAUGAGCUGUUAUGUUUGCCUCCCAAGUAGUUUGUCAGCACCACCAGCAGUGGGUAAUGGAAUUGGCUGGGGAUUCGAAAACAGAGCAAAAUACCUGAAACAAAAUGGACUAACAGUACAUGGAGAUGAUUCAGUUGCUGUCAUCCAUUGUUCUAAAGCCGGAAUACUGUAAACCAACUUAUUUUCGCGGAUACUUUAUUUCGCGUUUAGCCCAUUCUAGUCCACUUCGCGGCGGUUUAAUUCCGCGAUUUUCUAAUUUACUUGAUGAAGCUACGUAAGGAAAGAUCCAAGUUUUACAUAUUCGCGACGAUUUAUAUUCGCGUUAUUUUUCUACUCGCGAAAGUCGCGAUAAUAAAUUGCUCACGAAAAUUAGUUGGUUUACAGUAUAGCCAUGACAAUUGUUUUCAUUCGAUUUUGUAAAACUUUUUUUUUUCUUCAGUAAACUGAUCGUUCGAUGUUUUUUAAAUUGACAAAAAAUAAAUAUAUAUUCAUGAAA